GUUCGCGUAUUUGAUCGUACCAGAAAUAACUGGCUGUAGCGUGUUAAAAACUUCGGCAUACAUAGAACCUCUUUUAAGUUUUGACAUUGCUGACAGUGUGGAGUUAUUUUUAUUAUUUUACGAAAUUUCGAGUUGAUAUUAUUUUAGAGAUUUGAAAUUAUACUGUUUUAUAAUAAUGGCGUGUACAGUUUGUAUGAACAAUGAAAAUAAGCCGGUAAAAAUGAGGAAGGAACGGGAUACGUUCGGUGAAUUGGACGUGCCGGAUGACAAAUUGUACGGCGCCCAGACCGUACGUUCCGUGAUGAACUUUCCGAUCGGCGGUAUAGAGGAACGGAUGCCCUAUCCAGUCAUCGUUGCUUUCGGAAUCCUAAAGAAAGCAGCGGCGAAAGUCAACAUCGAAUUCGGCCUCGACAAAAAAAUUGCUGAUGCCAUAAUGCAGGCCUGUGAUGAUGUGAUCUCGGGCAAGCUGUACCGCGAGGGUCACUUCCCUCUCGUCAUCUGGCAGACUGGUUCGGGCACUCAAUCCAACAUGAACACGAAUGAGGUAAUUUCGAAUCGUGCCAUCCAAAUCCUCGGCGGGAAGCUCGGCAGCAAGGACCCGGUGCACCCGAACGACCACGUGAACAAGUCGCAGAGUUCGAACGACACGUACCCGACCGCCAUGCACAUCGCCGUCGCCAUGGAGCUGCGGGACCGCCUGAUGCCGGGCCUGGUCGCGCUGCGGGACACCAUGGACGCCAAGUCCAAGGAGUUCGAUAAGAUUAUCAAGAUCGGCAGGACGCACCUGAUGGACGCGGUGCCGCUGACGCUGGGGCAGGAGUUCAGCGGGUACGCGACGCAGCUGUCGUACAGCGUGGAGCGCGUGUGCGCCGUGCUGCCGCGCCUGCACUACCUGGCGCUGGGCGGCACGGCCGUCGGCACCGGCCUCAACACGCGCAAGGGCUUCGCCGAGAAGUGCGCCAAGGAGAUCGCCAACCUCACCGGGAUUCCAUUCGAAACUGCGCCCAACAAAUUCGAAGCGCUCGCAUGUCACGAUGCAAUGGUGGAAGUAUCCGGAGCCCUCAACACCAUCGCCGUCUCUUUGAUGAAGAUAGCCAACGACAUCAGGCUGCUGGCGUCCGGACCUCGCUGCGGUCUCGCUGAGCUGAUGCUGCCUGAGAACGAGCCCGGAUCUUCCAUCAUGCCCGGCAAGGUGAACCCGACGCAGUGCGAGGCGCUGACGAUGGUGGCGGCGCAGGUGAUGGGCAACCACGUGGCGUGCUCCGUCGGCGGCAGCAACGGACACUUCGAGCUCAACGUGUUCAAGCCCAUGAUCGUGUCCAACGUGCUCCGGUCCAUUAGGCUCAUUGGUGACGGUUGCCAGGCGUUCAACAAGAACUGUGCUGUUGGCAUCAAAGCGAAUACGAACCAAAUCAACAAAAUCAUGCGCGAGUCCCUCAUGCUUGUAACGGCACUUAACCCACAUAUCGGAUACGAUAAGGCUGCCCAAAUCGCCAAGACAGCACACAAAGAAGGCGGUACACUCAAGGACACAGCUAUCAAGCUAGGCAUCCUAACUGCUGAGCAGUUCGACCAGUGGGUCAAGCCCGAAGACAUGCUGGGACCUAAGUAGAUGUCUAGAAGUGAAAUAAAAACUUUAUGUAUGACAAUAGCUUUAUUAUAUAAAGUAUAUGAACAUUGAAAUGAUUAUUUGUUGUUAAAUUCAAAUACAUAUUUUUAAUAUAUGUUGGAAUUUUACAUGGGGUAGUAGUAAGUGUUAGUGCAUGGACUACUUUUUACUUACCACUUGAGAAGUAUUUUCAUAGGAAAUGGAAACUUACUUUUUGUUUUUUUCAGUAAACACAUAAAAAUGGUGCCAAGUUAUUCUAUAUAGGUUCUUAUGGUAAAUAUCCACAGAAUGUAGUACAAGUUUCCUAUACGUAUCUGCCCCAUUCCAAAUGUUAAUUUUGUAUUGUAUUCAUUAAUAAAGUUGUAACAUUUUGUAUUUAUUUAUUUUCAAAAGCAAUCUAUUUACAAACAAACAAUCAUUUUAAUGCAUAAUGUGUAAACUUUGUGACAUGUAUUUAUAAUUGUAUAUACAUUGAAUAUAGUUUUCUUUUCAAAUUGUC